AUGAAAAUCCAUCGAUUCACUCUUUCUGCCAUAUUUGGCUGGGCUUUUCUUGCAUACUCAAUCCUCAGUGCACCCUGGCCCAAGCCUCAUCCCAUGCUUGGCGGCGCUACUCAUGGAGCCCAGGUUGCAAGCAUGGCAGCCGAGGGGGGUAAAGCAGGCAAAGGCGUGGGAGGGGUAUUCGACGGGGCCCAAGCCGCCCGCAAUGCUGUUGAAGGCAUGCAUGGCGUGAAUGGCGUACCCGAUUCCACCCUCACCGCCGGUAAAGCUGAUCCGAAGGCGCUAAUAGAUGGUUUCCGAGGCGAGGGAUCCGUACCUGAAACUCCCAAAGGAUUCGAGCCUCCCAAAGCACACGAGCCCGAGCCACACGAACCACCCGAACCUCCCCAUGGCAAAGGGCCCGAAGAAAUCGACGCUCCCAAAGGACCCACAGAUCCCAGCGCGGAAGCGGCGAAAAAGCCACCUUCUCGCCUCAAAGUGGCAGGAAAGGCAGUGCUCACACGUGCGCUUACACCGUUGGGAUGGCUUUCUAAGGGACUUGGCUGGGUUGGCGGCAAAUGGAACAAAUUCAAGGUGUUCCUGGGGACUAAGUUACUUCACGGUACAGAUGAGGGUCGCAAAUUGCUCCCAACGGAACUCGUGGGAAAAUUGGAUGCAAAAGCAGAACUUCCCACUCGGCUCCAAAAAGUCUAUAACGUCGCCAAAGUCAGUCCAAAGGCACACAUGUCAAAAUUUCAAAAUCACGCCGCAUUUUGGAAUGUACCAUGGAAGAAAACAAGACUUUAUUCAUGGAUUCAACAGGCCAAAGCCCGUCUUGGUAUGAAGGUAGCCGAAGAAGGCAAGGAGGCAAGCGCUGGGGCCAAGGAGGCAAGCGCUGGGGCCAAGGAGGCAAGCGCUGGGGCCAAGGAGGCAAGCGCUGGGGCCAAGGCGGCAAAGCCACCUUCUCGCCUCAAAUUGGCAGCCGGGGCAGUGCUCACGCCCGUACUUAUGCCGUUGGCAUGGCUUUCUCAGGGACUUGGCUGGGUUGGCGGCAAAUGGAACAAAUUCAAGGUGUUCCUGGGGACUAAGUUACUUCACGGUACAGAUGAGGGUCGCAAAUUGCUCCCAACGGAACUCGUGGGAAAAUUGGAUGCAAAAGCAGAGCUUCCCACUCGGCUCCAAAAAGUCUAUAACGUCGCCAAAGUCAGUCCAAAGGCACACAUGUCAAAAUUUCAAAAUCACGCCGCAUUUUGGAAAGUACCGUGGAAGAAAACAAGACUUUAUUCAUGGAUUCAGAAGAACAAAGCCCGUCUUGGUAUGAAGGUAGCCGAAGAAGGCAAGGAGGGAAGCGCUGGGGCCAAGGCGGCAGACUCUGCGGCCACUCAUGGUGCUGAGGAUUCCAAAUUGAUCAACUCAGGUGCAAGCCACGCCAAGCCGGAAGAGGUAACUCCGAAUCCUCAUGAAAAGCCUAAAGACACACCAGAUCCAAAAACUCAUCCAGAGUCUGCAGAAUAG